GAUGAUUGAUUGGACUAACUUUUUCUAUUACAGCCAUUUAAUAAUUCGGAUUGAAGAUGUUUAAUAUUUGGCACAAUUACUCAAGAUAUAAAGACCUCUUCAUGGCGAGGUACUCGAGCGUUUUAGACGAAGCGAGUAGAGGCAAGUUAGAUAUGCAUAAACCUGCAGCCAAAGUCAGGGAACAAGUGAAAACUAUGAAGAUGCUUAGUUGAUAUACCCCUCAGGCUACUACCUUUGUCGAUAGGAG